AUGAGGUGCAUCGAGGAGGUGUGUCAGAGAUAUGAAAACUACUGUGGAGGGAUCAGAGUGGGCUAUGGGAGGGAGAGGAAAAUUUUGGAAAAAAUCACAAUUUCCCAAAACUGUGACCAGGUUCUGGUUAACGGGAAGGAGAUGCGUGGUCGGGAGUCCCUGGCGGUGAACUUCACCUACCUGCACCUGUCUGCUCAGCUGCAGCUCACCGUCUGGGUACCAAAGCUGCCCCUGCAGAUAGACGUGUCCGACACGGAGCUGAGCCAGGUCAAAGGCUGGAGGGUACCCAUCGUCGCCAACAAGAGACCCACAAGAGACAGUGAGGACGAUGAAGAUGAUGACAGAAAGGGCAAAGGUUGCACCCUACAGUACCAGUAUGCUUUGGUGCGAGUCCUCACCCAUUUUGUGGCCGAGCCCUCUGACCCAGGCGGGGAGAUGGUCGAAGAUCCUCGUAUCGCCAGCCUCAUAGAUGGACGCAUCUUGAUAGGACGGGAUCUGGGAAUCACCACCAUACAGGUUCUUUCCCCGCUGUCUGAUUCUAUCCUGGCAGAAAAGACUGUGACGGUGCUGGAUGACAAGGUAACUAUCACAGACUUGGGGGUGCAGCUUGUUGCAUCUCUGUCCCUCAGUAUGACAGCAAGUCCAGGAAAUUACCAGGCAAUCCAACUAACAACUACAGCCACGGACCUGCUGCACAUACCGAAACAGGAGGCCAUGUUCAGCGCGUGGAUCCAGUACAGCGACGGCUCAGUGACACCUCUUGAUAUCUACGAUCCCAAAGACUUUCUCCUUUCGGCCGUCUCGCUGGAUGAAAGUGUCAUCUCUAUAACCAAUCAGGAGCAGCACUGGCCAAUCAUUGUUGCGGAAGGGGAAGGACAGGGGCUACUGCUCCGGGUUGAGAUGGUCAUAUCUGAGACCUGCCAAAAGUCCAAAAGGAAGAGCGUACUGGCGUCUGGAGUUGGUAACGUCGUAGUUAAAUUUGGAGCUAAGAGCGAGGAAAGAGGCGGACAUGAGGACGGCGGAGUGUUGGACAACAGUACGAAUGAGCAAAGGACAAAAGAUGGAGGGGAGUGGAAGGCCAGCAGCGCAGUUGUGGACCGAGAGGAAGGAGCUAUGAGGAAGGUUAGCACAACAACCAAGAGCACAGUAACCCAUCGAGCAUCCGGGGGCAAAGGAGCGAGCGGCGGCAGCAGCCGAGGCAGCGGUCCCAGUCAGGAGGGGGACUACAGCAGCUUCCCCAUUCAAGUGGAGGUUCCAGGAACCGGAAACAGUGAGCUGAGCCAAACCACUAGAGGACUGACAGACCUCGAGAUCGGGAUGUAUGCACUCCUAGGAGUGUUCUGCCUGGCAAUACUGGUCUUCCUAAUCAACUGUGUGAGCUUUGCUUUCAGAUACCGACACAAGCAAGUCCCGGUGCUGGAGGCCGGAGGCAACAUGAAUCAUGCCCACGACUGGGUGUGGCUUGGGAAUGAGGCUGACCUUUUAGCUGACCACUCUGACCACUGCCAGGGCGGGAUGCCCGACGAGUGCACCACCAUCAUCGACCGGAACGACGGCGGAUACGAGGAAAGCAAAUACCUGCUCAACGGGGCGGGCAGCACCCUGGUGAUGGGUGUGGGCCCCGGUAUGGGGACUAUCAGUGGGAGUGGUGGCACAGGUGGACACAGGGGCGUCGCCCACGGACAGACCCUCCCCAGGUCAGUUCCGGAACCGCACCAGUGCCUUUCAGCAAUCACCGCCGGCGGCAAAGACGUGACUGGCCAAACGGAGCAUCUGAAUAAUUCCCCCCGGGCCACGGCCGCGGCGGCCGCCGCCAAACGCAAACGGGUCAAAUUCACGUCCUACGCCACCGUCCUGCCCAACGACCAUUCGGGGGGGGGUGGCCCGUACGCCAGCUCUUCCGUUCUGAUGACCAACGGGAACGAGGACGAUAUCAAGUGGGUGUGCCAGGACAUGGACCUGGGUCAGUCGGAAAUCAGAACCUACAUGGAGAGGCUACAAGACAAUCUGUGAACGACGGGGGGGAGUAAGACUGAAACAGAG